AUGGAAGGCAUUCAAACCCAUCCGUCCAACGCCGCCCAGGCCAAGGCCUUCACUGCGCCUGGAUCCCUGUCCUUCCCUGGCGCUUCCAAGGAGCUGACGCCGCCUGGCAGCACCGGCGAUGCUUCCCAGCGUCCCGCCCUGCCUGGCCAGCCCUCAGCCAACGGAAAUGCGGUGACGCCCGCUACACCCGUGGCUACUCCCGCCGCCACUCAGGGCCCCAGUGGCAUUACUCCCACUCUACAGAACAUCGUCGCUACGGUCAAUCUUGAUUGCCGUUUGGAUCUGAAGACGAUUGCUCUCCAUGCCAGAAAUGCCGAGUACAACCCAAAGCGUUUUGCGGCCGUCAUUAUGCGUAUUCGCGAGCCCAAGACCACGGCUCUCAUCUUUGCCUCUGGCAAGAUGGUUGUCACCGGUGCCAAGUCGGAAGAUGAUUCCAAGCUUGCUUCUCGCAAGUACGCUCGUAUCAUUCAGAAGCUCGGCUUCAACGCCAAGUUCACCGAUUUCAAGAUCCAGAACAUUGUCGGCUCCUGCGACAUCAAGUUCCCCAUUCGUUUGGAGGGUCUUGCCUCGCGCCAUCACAACUUCAGUUCCUACGAACCCGAGUUGUUCCCUGGCCUGAUCUAUCGCAUGAUCAAGCCUAAGAUUGUCCUCCUCAUUUUCGUGAGCGGCAAGAUCGUCUUGACUGGUGCGAAAGUGCGCGAGGAGAUCUACCAGGCGUUCGAGAUGAUCUACCCCGUGUUGCAAGAUUUCCGCAAGGUUUAA